UGGGCAUUUGUGUGAAUUUGGAUUGAUUCAUCUCAAAAGCAUCUAUUUGCUUUUCAGAUUGAAAAACUGAAAACCUAGUGAAAGGAAAUAUGAAUAGCGAUUUCCUCCUUAAACUGUGGCUUAAGAGGGGUAAUAUGGUUUGGUACGUGAGACUUCCCAAUCACCGGUUAGUUUGCUAGGUCACUUCUUGUACACGAGUACCGCGAUAUUUGUGAAAGUUUCAACAAACCGGCGGCUACCUUGAACAUUUCGUAUUUAUUGUUUAUCUGGGUGUUAUUUUUUAUAGAUAAAUAAAAUUACUUUUUUUCUUUGGUCUAUUGUUCUAAGCAAUUAAUAGUCAUUAAUUGUGCCAGUAGCGGCCAGGUUGCAUUAAAAAACAUUGAAAUCCACAUUUCUUCAGAUGAAUUUUGUUUAUUAGUAAAAGAAAGUGAUAGCGAAAGUUACAUUAUGCUAGUAAAGUGGCUCUGUGUAAUCCACCUGGUGAGUGUGGCGGCAGCGCCACCCCAAACCCUCAACUUGCCCGGCUUGCAGAAUUUCUCGCCCCCUGAAGAAAUCAACGCCCUCCAACGCACCUCCAAGGUGCAGAGAUCCAUCAACGAUCAUGCCGGGACUGACAAUACAGAAGACACUAUCAAAGAAGUGGAACGUCUCAUCCAAUCCAACCCGGACUUACCCAGGCUGACCAGAGGGGAAAUUCUGGAUAUUCUAGAUAAUCUAACGAAGCAAGAACAUGGGAGUAUUUUGAAAGAUAUCAGCAAAGAUUCCAAAAGGGAUCCAAAGGCUCUGAUGGUGGUCAAAGCCUACACCCCUUUGAGGUCUGAUGAGGUAAAUGUGGAAGACCUCUACACAAAACCUCCCGUUACCAGCAUAAUUGAAGACGACUACUUGCCCAAUGAACAGCCAGCUGUGAGCACUUCGACGGAAAAUGUACCUUUGUUCCGACAGAAAACUACUAAAUCUUCAGAUGUCAAAAAUCCCUACACUAUUCCGAAACGAAAACCUUCUAGAGGCAACGUGCAGUUUAAGUUCAGUUCAUCCACUUCACGCCCCAGCAAACAAACUCUUGAAGCGACUACAGAAAGAGUGACAACUCCCCGAUUUUCAACAACCACCAGAAGAGACAUUAAACGAAGGAGAAGGCCAGUAGUGACCACUACUAGCACAACACAGAUGCCAGUAACCACUUAUCGCCCAAGGCGACGCCAACCACUACGAAAAGAGGUCCAGUACUCAAACCACCAAUAUCCGGAAGACCAUUCCAAACGACCCACUUAUCCGCCAGAAGGAAUCAGAAUUAUUAAGCCACCAGUUCUAGUGCAAGCUGCAACGGAAAUAAAUUCAGAACUGGAAGAUUUGCUGCCUCAAGAGAUGGAAAAUAGUGAAUCGUUCAUCCCCAUGCCAGUUAAAAAUGACGAUUCAGAAAUCAAGUACCAUUCCGAACCUUCAAUAGAGUUAGAGAUUCCAGAACAUUUGAAGAAAGUAGUUGCUGAUCUCAAUCUGGCAACUCUAACAGAUCCCCAUGGAGUGUCACUCACUUCAGUAGCUCCUCAAUCCGAGAAAAGUGAGGCAGAUAGGGUCAAAGAUAUCCUGGCCUCAAUCGGAGUUUAUCCAACUAGUUCAACAAAUACUCCCUCCACAUCUACCACUACAAAUUCACCUAAUGGAUAUGCGGUAGUUGAUAAUCUUUCACCUGAUAUGCAAGAACUUCUCAAGAACUUUGGUUUGCUCCCCGAUCCAAAUGAGAAUGUAAAAGAAAACGAAAUUCCGGAAUUUAAUCCAGAUACGGCAAAAAUCGAUCCGAAGUCCUACUUGGGAUUUAAACCCUUGCCAGCAGAUACUGGAAGCAGGCGAGAAAUGGAGGAAUUGUUGUCGCAAUUCGGAUUGCUAGAUAAGAACACGAGGAGCAGUAAAUCUCUGAAGAAAGAAAUUCCUCGCAGUAAUGAGAUAGCAGAUGCAUCUAGCAAUAGUUCUAAUCCAAAUAUCCAGAUAGAACAAAUAUCUAUAGAUGCAGUGCCCGAUGACUUAAAACCAAUCCUACAGAAUAUGGGAUUUGGUUCCACCAGAGGUGGAAGAAAAGUACGAGAGCAGCCUGCAACUGAAACUUUAUCAAAAUCCGUUGAUGAUGAAAAUAUACCAAAGUCUUCAAAGAACCAUCAGGAAUUUGGCCCAAUUCGAAUCAUGCCGAACGGCGAAGUACAAAAGCUGGGACGAUUACUGGAAAUCAUGAGGAAGUUGGAGAAACUGAAUGGCUCAAUAACUGAAGACGAUAUGGACCAAACCGACAAAAGAGAGUUAAAAGAAUUGAUCAGCAGCUUAAAACCACAAAACCCUGAAGACUUAAUACUCCUUCAUGAUCAAAAAGCUCCAAAUCCUGUUGAAGACGAUCGCGGAUUGAGCAAGAAUGACAUUAAACGCGCAGAAGACGAAGUCACUGAGCAAGUGGUAACAGUUACUUCUGAAAGCUUGCCAGAGGAAACCAAAACGGCGUCCAUAAAAGACUUGGAAGAUUCUUUUGGAGGGUCCACCGAUACUGCGACCGAAACGUUGCCUGAAACGACAACGCCGAGGAGAAGUGGAUUUUAUUAUUUGAUGGACUGGAACUCGUUCUUUGAAAUUGAUGAUCAAAAGGGCAAACGAGUGAAUCUAAGGUUCCAACCGAAAGUGGGCGACCCGAAGAGAUUCUUCAGUGUUAAUAUACCUUAGCUGAUAAGUUGAAUGUUUUUUCAAAUGUAUAUAUAGAGUGAAAUGUACAAUCGAUACUAAGGCACCACUUAAAUUGCUCAAUAACA